CAUAAGGACAUCUUUUGGUUUGGUUUGGUUCGGCUCGAAUUUAAUUAGGUCACUUCGAUUGUUAGUUAUUGUCACAUAUCGUUGUACAAAGUGAAACAAGAAAUUGGAAUCACAUUCUUUCAAUUGAAGUGCAUGGAACAUUUGCCCCCCAAAGCCCCCACCACCAUGGCGGCGGCGCACAACUGGCCAUCGUUUCAAUUCCACAAUACGCUGGCCGCCGCGCCACCAAGCUCAUGGGUGGACGAUUUCCUCGACUUCUCCUUGAUGCGGCGAAGUUCCCACCGCCGCUCCGAGAGCGACCCCAUUGAAUUCGUCGAGGACGCUCACGGCGGCGGGUUCGAUCGGAUCGACGACGAGGAGCUUCGGAACAUGUUUUCCGACGACCUCGUCGCGGUCGGAUCGUCGUCGAAUCCGUCCAGCGUCAACCCCUCCACGCCGUCCGAUCAGAACAGCGACGGAGAGAUUGAGAAGAGGGCCGCGACGGAGCUCCACCGCGUUCAGCCCAAGGCUGAACCGGUGGAGGUCGACAGCUCCGAUAAAGCGGCGGAGGCGCUGCAGACAUAUAAAUGCUCCGACAACGCCGCCGGAGAUCCUAAACGAAUCAAAAGAAUCAUGGCAAACCGGCAGUCAGCCCAGAGGUCAAGAGUGAGAAAGCUGCAAUACAUUUCUGAGCUUGAAAGGAGUGUUACAACCUUACAGGCAGAGGUAUCUGCAUUGUCGCCAAGAGUAGCAUUUCUGGACCAUCAAAGGCUGCUACUGAAUGUGGAUAACAGUGCUAUUAAGCAGAGGAUAGCAGCAUUGGCUCAAGACAAAAUAUUCAAAGAUGCCCACCAAGAAGCACUCAAGAAGGAAAUAGAGAGGCUGAGUAAAGUCUUCCACGAGCAAAACAUGAAGAAGAAUGUGGAGGCGCCACCGCCGGAGCCGCCUUUGAGCAACCAGCGGCAGGCGGCGGAGAAGGAGGAGGAAUAAUAUAAUGAUAUUUAUUAAUUUAGGGAGAGAGAAGCAUCACAUGGUGUGUCUCUCCCUUUUUUUUUCUAAUCUAAUAGUGGGACUUUUUUCUAUUUUGUUCUUUUUUAAAUUAGGUGGGAUAAAA